AUGAGUCCUUCGGCAACCAUUCGACAAUUGCUGCAGCCUCACAUCCGCGAUUGCGAAGAUCACAUCAACCAUGACCUGGACUUUCGGGCCUGCUCCAAGAGCGAAAACUGCACCUUCAGCAUCGUGUCUUCUGAUAAUCGCUCCGAGCCAAUAAUCAUCAACAUCCAACAAGGUGAAGCCAGUAUCCUGACGGACUGCCCACAAGUACCACCCUUCGGACUCUGUGCCAGAGCGGAGCACUGGCACGCUUUCUUCACCCAGCCACUCGUGCGUCCAUAUCAGUCUUUCUGGGGUAUGCUACGAGUGUUGGGCGAGCACGAAGGCGUCAGCGUGACUGGCGAUCAAGAAGCUUUUGGUCGUUAUGCUCGACUGUGGAGACUCGUGCUCGACCGAAUGCGUGACGCUGUCCACGGCAAACCUGUACGAAAACGUCUCGAUGAGCCACCAGAUGAUGAAGUGAUCGAAGAGGAUGCCGUCGUGGGCAGAUAUGUCUGGUUGACGACGACAGCGUACGGCAGAGUCAAGGUCUACUAUGAAACCGCGGGAAACGGACCCCAAGAUAUCCUGUUCCUGCAUACCGCGGGCUCUGACUCCCGCCAAUACCACUCCCUCAUGAACAACCUCGGGCUACAGAGCAGAUGUAGAAUGUACGCCUUCGACCUCCCAGCUCACGGGAAAUCCAGUCUCGGCUCGCAGCAGUCAAUAGGCGACUACGCACUCACAGAAGAAGCCUACAUCGGAAUCAUCGCCAAGCUAAUAAACCACCUCGAGCUCCGCAACGCCAUCGUUUGCGGUGCCUCCAUGGCCGGCCACAUCUGUCUGGCCCUCGCAACCCGAGCCCGUGAACUAGAUAUCCGCGGCGUGAUCCCCUGCGAAGCCUGCGAGCACUUACCUGCCACGGCACCCAUCUACGACCUCCGAGGAGCCGAUGCCUCGCUCCUCGACCCGGAGCGUGUACUCGGGAUGUGCGCCCCUACCUCACCCGAGUACUUCAAGCGACAAAUCUGGUGGCAAUACAGUACCCAAGGCCACGGAAUCUUCGCCGGGGAUCUGAAAUUCUAUUUCAAAGGUUGGGAUGGAAGAGGGAGGAUGGAAGGGAUAGAUACACAGUUCUGUCCGGUCUAUAUGCUUACGGGGGAGUACGAUUAUAGCUGUACUAUUGAGGCUAGUCAGGCGACGGCGGAGAAGAUACCUGGGGCCAGGUUUGAGGUUAUGGAGGGACUUGGGCAUUUCCCGUUGACGGAGGAUCCUGGGAGGAUGGUGCCGUAUUUCAUGAGGGCGUUGGAGUAUAUUCAAGCGCGGCGGGAAGGGUUCGAAUGA